AUGUCUAUCGUUUCGGGGCUGAAAGGGGAUUUGCCUCAACAGGCACGGUCGCUGUACCGACAGUUGUUGCGCCAGGGCGAGCAAUUCCAAGCCUACAACUUCCGAGCAUACGCGAAGCGACGGACGAGAGACGCCUUCCGCGACCAUGCCGCCGUGCAGGACCCCAGAGAGAUUCAGGGUCUGAUACAAAAGGGGCUCAAGGAGCUGCAGAUGAUGAAGGUGCGGCACCCCAGCCAAAGUUCGACUUUCAUAGGCGCAGGCAAGCAGAGCGGCAAAUCUGGUGAAGUCGUUCGACAGAAGGAUACUGGCUGGGACUGA